AGUUAUUAAAUAGGCAAAAAGGGACGAGAAAGAAAGUGGGUAAAGGAGUUGAAAGUGAACUUCAAAUGGCGACACCACCCACACCGAAUUCAUACACCCCACCCGCACUUUCAGAGCGGGACGACAUGAAAGACAUCCAGCUCCUGUUGCAGCUGGAGGCGACGCGUCGUUUCCAGGAGGACAGACGCAAUGUGCGGCGCCAGGUGGAGGAGCAAGUGCGUCAGUGGCAGGACGUGAAGUUCAAGUAUAGGCAGGCAUAUCAGCGCCUGGCGAGGCUUUUAAAGUGCGCCGCCCUGCAGACUGCAGUGGACGCCAAGCGCGCUGCCGAUGUGGAUCAAAUCGCUCAGGCGGCAAAGGACAUCGACGGUUUACGCUCUACCCUCAGCAGAAAUCUGCGCCCCGCCAGUCUGGACACCACAAAGCUGGAUCAGUGCCUGGAGCAGCUCAGCACCGCCCACAAACCGCGCUCGAAUCUCAGCCGCCAGCAUCGGGAGUCCGCCCACAAUCAGGAGACUCUCAAGGAUCUGCGCAUUGCCGUCGAUUGUGCGGAGUACGACCUGGAGCUUGGCAUAACCAAGGCCAUGAAUCGCAUAGUGGACGACCUACUCCCUCCACGGUCUUCUUGAAAUUAUACGCAUAGUUGAGAUAUAAACUAGUUUGUAACAUUAAAAAUGCAUUUAAAUGAAAUGAAAUAAAUGAAACCUAUGAGCUACAACGAUUCCA